UUGAUUCGUGAAAAAUCUAGUCUUGGUUGCUGCUUCGCAAAAUCAAUCGAAAAACUAUUGUGUUUUGUGUUGUAAUUCACUAGUGUCAGUCGUACAUUUGGUGGAAGCCUGCCAAAAUCGAAAAAUUGAUUGGCAAGUCAGUGUUUCUCCUGAAAAAGUGCGUUUUGCAGAUGAAAAGUGUAAUUUUAUUUUGUAAAAUUAUUCAUGUUAGACGCGCUCGAACGAUCAAGAGUUUGAACAAAACAUAGCAAGUGAAUGUGAAAGUUGUUGCAAUACAAAUCGCUUUGCAAAUACGUCCUCAGCAAAAUGUCUAGUUUCGCGGUGAGCGCGGAACAUUUUCAAGCCAAACUGAUUUCUCUGAGUGGCUUGAAGUUCGAAGAAAAUAAUGGAAAUGCAAUCUCCAUUGAACCCGGAAUGACGCUACGGGUUACGGAACGACCAUCGGCUAAGCUGGCGAUAGUAUGCGUCAAGGACUAUUACAACUCGGAAAACCAGAAACACGACGAACCACAGUUUCAAUGUCAGCAAUCAUCGUUAAUCCCGGUGGCGGACGAUGUGUGGCCCUACGUGAUAGCCAUACUAGAUCCACAAGAACGACUUGAUUUUGUUAAACAAACCAAGCGGUUGAACCAAGUUAGGCAGCUUCAAGCGGACUGCCAUGUAAAGGUUUCCGGUCGGGCCUUCGGCCGGCCCACGGUGACAUAUGACUGCAUCAUUCGUUUUGUAGAUACUGUGCAAGAAAUAGGACCGGGCUAUUAUCUAGGCAUGGAAUUGAUGGAUUUUAAUAACGGCGAGUCUCCUCAGAAAGAUGAUCUAUUAUUCGUGUCCAAAUACAUGCAAACGUUACCACAAGCAUCCUUCAUACUUGCAGCAAAUUGGCUUGUGCUAGACGAAUUCGACAACCCUAGUAGUUCGAAACAUCCGAAAAAAAAUUUAUUAGAUGGUCUGAUCUGUGGCGCAAAAGAUCAUCUCAACUUGCGGAUUAAACGCAACGCGAAACGAAUCCCAGGAAUUGGCAAACCUGCUAGCGAUUCUCGAAACGACCAUACGACGCGAUCUUUUACACCUGAACCGGGUGGGCAUAAUCGAAACUCAGCAGAUUUUUCCACAAACAAACAGAUGGAUACUAGAAACCAGAAAAGGAUGGCAGCAUCAAUAUCCAGUCCGAAUCUUUCCAAGCAGGACAGUAGCAGUAGUACUGGUAGUUCUAGUCGAAUAAACAACAGUAAUCCCGUUGAUCGUAUGAAUGAAGAACUGCGCUUCGCUGAUAGUCAAACAGAGGAUAGCUUCCGUUCGGGUAAAAGCUCCCAAAAUAGCUCUAAUAACAGUACACUGUUAUUGUCCAAAUCCCGCAAAAAAACACCCAAGCAGAGUACCAUUAUGGCUUUGGAAGACCGCGAUCUCGUAAUCAUCGAUAAAACUGACAUCAAGGAAGCGACAAGUAGUGAAAGUGAUGUGAUAAUAGUUCAACCUCCGGUCCUUCCAGAAUUUGUUGACUAUACAGAAAUUUUAGGCAACGGUUGGCCAGUUGAAGCAGGGGGAAUAGCUUCAAUUUUGAAUAGUGACCAAAAAACGCAAACAUUCCCAAAAUCUGGACCAAAUGGUUUGAACAUUGGUGGAUAUAGCAGUAGCAGCAGUAACAGUACGAGUAGCAAUCAGGUUUCUGGCAAAAAUGAACGAAUCAGGUCACCAAACCCGUUGAAUCAUCUGGGGAACUCAAAAUCAGGAGACCUCGGCCGAAGAAAAGAACAGAAGAUUAUGAUAGAUGCUACAACAAUGGCAAAACUGAACGAUGAACCAUCACACACUCUUGACAAUAGCAACAUACCUCAUACCUCAUCCCUGUCGGAGACAUCGGACGUGGCUAUACAACCAUCACCUUUGAAGGAAGUACCUGAUAACCCAAUGCUUGAGGUUGGCUCAAUGGUUGAGGUUGAUAUUGAGAAUGUCGACUUACACGGUGUUAUUCGUUGGAUUGGACCACUACACAUCCCAGAGACGAACAGUAGCAACACUCGUGUGAUGGUCGGUGUUGAACUGGAAGAUGAACCAAUCGAUAUAGCCGUUGAGGCGACAGAUGGUGUUUAUAAUGGUAUCAAGCUGUUCAAAUGCCCCCCAAAACGAGCGAUAUUUGUAUAUCCGGUUCAAUGUAACCUGGAUCGGCGUUUUCAGGAUAUUGGGCCUACUUCACCGCUUCCGGCAAAGGCUCUCGCUUCGACAUCGAAAUCGGAUGCAAAUCUGUUCGGCAAAAAAGAUUGUCCCGUCGUGGAGGGUGCUGUGGCACCGUUGAAUAUUAUGGCACAAGAAGAUCUGGAAGCCAUUUGUGGACAGUUUAAAGGGAUACAGGGUCAUCACAAUUCGUGUUAUCUGGACGCCACUCUGUUUGCUAUGUUCACUUUCACCAGCGUGUUCGAUUCGUUACUGUUCCGACCACGGGAACCGGAGGAUAACCUCAGGUACGAAGAAGUACAGAGGGUGCUCAGAGAGGAAAUAGUUAAUCCGCUAAGAAAGAAUCACUUUGUCCGGGCCGAUCGAGUUAUGAAGUUACGUCAUUUACUAGACCAACUCAGUUCCGUCACGGGUUUAACCACCGAAGAAAAAGAUCCUGAGGAAUUCCUCAACAGUCUGCUGGCUCAGAUUUUACGGGCAGAUCCUUUUCUAAAGCUAAGCUCUGGUUUGGACACUUUCUAUUAUCAACUUUUUGUCGAAAAAGAUGACCAGUUGAAGCUGCCCUCGGUGCAGCAGCUAUUUGAUCAGAGUUUCCUCACGUCGAACAUCAAGCUAAAGGAAGUGCCAUCCUGUUUGAUCAUUCAGAUGCCUCGAUUCGGAAAGAAUUUUAAGAUGUAUCCACGAAUACUGCCGUCGCAAGUGCUGGAUGUUACGGAUAUAAUUGAAGAUUCACCACGACAGUGCACAGUGUGUGGAAAGCUAGCAGAGCAUGAAUGCCGCGAGUGCUUCGGAAUUAUGCAGAGCGGCGUUGGAUUAGAAAGCACAGCUUUCUGCAAAGGCUGUCUCGAAACCGUACAUACCCAUGUUAAACGACAGAACCAUAAGCCAAAUCCACUGACAGUGCCCAACGAUUAUAAGCUAAUGGCAGACCACUGCUCUGUUCCAAGACUUUUUAUGGAACUGUUUGCCGUUGUAUGUAUUGAAACGUCCCACUACGUUGCGUUUGUCAAGGCAGCUUCCGGACAGGAUGCACCAUGGGUGUUCUUCGACUCCAUGGCCGAUAGAAGAGGGGAACAAAAUGGUUACAACAUUCCGGAAAUGCUCCCGGUACCUGAUUUGCCGCUUUGGCUAUCUGAAGACGGCGCUCGACAGCUAAACGAAACAGCAAUCAAUGAUAGAAUGUUACCGGAGCAUGCGAAACGCUUGCUCUGUGAUGCCUACAUGUGUAUGUAUCAAAGCACAGACGUGAUGAUGUACCGCUAAAUGCAUCCAAAAUUUCUCGCGUUCCUUACACUUUAUAUAUCUUUCUAUAAACCUCUUUUCAAAUUGUUACCUCCCAGAUAAUUGCAAACCUAACUGUACCUAUAACUGAAAACAUGUCCCAAUCAAAAAAAGAUUCGCCCUUCUCAAAGAUGCUAUGUACAUGAUUACAAAUGGAAUCAGUGAGUCAAUCUUUUCUUUGUUUAGAAGAGAAGUGAAGAUACAUAUUUACAUGAUACCUAGGUACCUAUUAUAACCUGAACUUACCACAAAAAGUUAAUUAACUUGGCGAAUGCAAUACACGAAACAACAAGUUCAAAUAUAUAUAUAUAUAUCGCUAAAGUGAAGUAGAGAAGCAAAAAAAGACAAACCAUCGGAAACAUUACAACAUAUUGAAUUUAGGCAGGCUUGUUGUAGUUUAGAUGUGGCCAAACCAACAUAAAUUGCUUUAUAUGUUCCCCAAUCAGUAAGUUAUUGGAUUCUAUUUCGCAUACCUAUUUGAUAAACUAAUAAGAACAAAAAAACGCAACACUAGCUUUAAUUAAGAUUUAGUCGGGAACAGACUGUUUACUGUAUUGAUUGUUGUCCGCGAUCUCAGAAACUCUCCAUGGGUUUUGUGUGUUUGAUUCAAAGCGGAAUUUACCCAAUAGAAUAAUGCCGCUCUACGCAUAAUUGUCUCAUGUGUAUAGGGAAUCCCAUAGAACAGGGAACAGUCAUGCUUAUAGCGGCUGAAUAUCGCUUAGCGAGUUAUGACGAAACAAUACACAGUCGGGUGUCCUACUACCUGGAUUCCUACCACGUCGUAGUAGAUAGACCCGAUUGUAAUCACUAUACAGCGAAUGCUUUGCGCCCUUCCGCUUGCGACCGGAACGGAUUAGGCAAAUGUUAUACAAAACAUGUACCUACAAUUAAAUUGGUCUAAAUGAUGGUUUAGAAGCAGCAAUUUGUGGCGAAGCAAACAAGAUAAAGCUAUUAUAAAUUGUUGUACAUGAAAACAAUGCAAUAUUAGUAGCAAAAAACUAGAAAUUAGGUGAACGAUUUAGCAGAUCGAUUCCGUGAGAGCUACUGUGAACUAUAUACAUUUUUGACACCAGAUUGUUCAGAUGGACAAAAGGUUUAACUCCAGAUAAAAUAAAAAAAACUAUUAGAAAUACACCUAAUGCAGCAAGCUGUUUUACUGUACACGGGAAAAUAUGACGGGAGGUAUUCAAUCAAAACUACAAGCUAGACUCAACUUUAACGAGCAAUGUUUCAUUAAACGCUUCCAAUUCAACUGACAUUCUUUACUGCAUAGUGCUCUACAGCAGCACCAAUAAAUUUCAAUUGUUGUUUUUCAAUCGAUCCCUGUGCUCUUUUUGUUGUUCAUUCGUCAAGUUAAAAUAUUGGUAAUUAUUUUCUUGUCUAUCAUUACGUCCAAUUUUUUCGUGCUCAGUAGCAAGCUGCACAAAAACAAGUUCAAAGAA